AUCGCCUGAUGCACUCGCACACAAAUCAAAACAAUGAAUCAAAAAGUGUAAACAUUAUCAAUUUUAAAGAAUUUUUGUUGGAUCUGUUUCAAAUUGAGAAACCAAGGCUUCUUGGCAAAAGAAACGCUAGAGUUUGCCCUGAAUGUGAUGUUUAGCACUCACGAUCAGCUCAAGCGUCGCACACCGAAGGACGGCAUCGACCGGCGCGAAUUCAUCACCCUCCUUGUGGACGAGUAUUACGAAACAUCCAAUCUUGAAUCCCAACAGCAGGUCACUGCCAACCUUGCCAAUUUCGCUUACGACCCCAUUAACUGGAACCAUCUGAAACAAGCCAAGGCGCACGACCUGUUCGUCGAAAUCCUGAACGGUUCGGUUGAUCCGGCCUUACUGGUCCACGCUGCCGCGGGAAUUUGCAACCUUUGCCUCGAUACGCAAGUGGCCGAGUAUCUGAGGCUUGGUGGAACCUUGAAACGGAUUCGCGAGUUGAUAGAGCGUUAUCAGACCAAGAGCGAACUUGUUGGCCACCUUCUGACGACCUUGGUUUACGUAGAUCGAGAACCGCUGGAUGUCGAUUUCCGACGGAUUUUAGUAAAAUUGAAGCAAGGAUCGAACAGGAUAGUUGCGAAUCUGGCAGAGGUCCAACUGGAGAACAAUGCGAGUGCUUCAGCUGAGAAGGGGUUCAGCAGUAGCUUUUCCACAGGACAGGUGUUCACCGUAAGUCGCGUGUUUCGGCGCGAAGAUUUGGACAAGUUUGCGGAAUUUACGGGGGAUAGCAAUCCGAUACACAGACGGGAUCAGCAGAGUUUCGUAAAUGGGGCGUUGCUGAAUGCAACGACGGCGGGGAUUAUUGGGAGUAAUUUUCCGGGCUAUGUGGUGACCUCGCAGGAGUUUCGAUUUCCCAAUCGGUGCCGGGUGGACGAGGAGGUUCAAUUUCGUGUGCAGGUGGAGGGGCUCAGGAAGAUUGUGACCGUCUCAUAUGAAUGCAGCCAAGGGGAGCAGACGGUAUUCGAGGGAACGGCCAAAUUGUUUGCAGUGAAGGGGGGUAGUUGAUGUUUGGACCGAGAGUGUUUUAAUAAACUUUCGCUUUCGCGGUCAUAAGAUGAGUCAA